CAUCUUCAAUUCGUUUUGUUGCAUGCAAUCCUUAUAAAUAAAAUGCAGUGAUGAACGGAAAACCCUUAUUUUAACUUUUCGUGCCUCGGAACAUCUAUAAUCUCUUAAUAGACAGUCGGUUUUCGUAUACAUAAGUUGCUUAUUUUAUAAAACACAGUGCAAAUAUUAUUAAAUCACAGGAACAUGAAUAGGUGGAUGUGUUUUUGGUGUUUUUUAAUUGCAAUAUUUCAAAUCUCAAAGGCCAAAUAUGCAGAUGAUGUAGAUUUAAAUAUUACAGAAAUAACUAAAAAAUAUGGUUUUCCCGUGGAAACCCACGAGAUUGAAACGGAAGAUGGAUAUCUUUUAGAUGUGUAUAGAAUCCCAUUUGGUCGUUUUAGUCGCACGAGAAGGACAAACAGAUAUCCCGUGAUUCUAAACCACGGUCUACUGGGUUCAGCAGAAAAUUUCAUUCUUAUGGGUCAAAAUAAAUCCUUAGCUUACAUGCUGGCAGACUACGGAUUCGACGUAUGGCUUUGCAAUGCUAGAGGAAGCUGGCAUUCUAGAAAACACAGGACUUUACAUCCAGACAAAGAUGCAGAAUAUUGGCAAUUUACGUGGCAUGAAAUAGGAAUCUAUGACCUUCCUGCAACAAUCGACUACGUACUAAAUGUGACAAAUACGAAUAAGGUGCACUUUGUCGGACAUUCUCAAGGAACUACUACAUUUUUCGUAAUGUGUUCCGAAAAACCAGAGUACAACGAGAAAAUUAAAGUAAUGGUAGCCAUGGCUCCUUCCGCUAUUUUAGGACACUUGAAGGAACCAUUUCUAAGAAUGCUAGUUCCAUUUCAUCCCUUUCUAGAGAGGUUAUCCGAUGAUCUGAAGGAGUACGAGUUGUUGCCUUUUGUUUCAAAUAGAGGAAUCCGGUCUUUAGGCAAAGCUUUGUGUGGCAAAAAUAGUCUCCUGUCGUCUAGUACAUGCCGUUUUGUGGUUUCAAUGGUCCUUCAAGAUGAAGAAAUGGAUAAGGACGUUAUUCCUUUAUUACUUUCGACUGUCCCUGCCGGAGCAUCUGUUAAGCAAGGACUGCAUUAUGCGCAGAUUGCUGUUGCAGGAACAUUUCGAAAAUAUGACUGGGGCCCAAAGGAAAAUAUGAGAAGAUAUAAUUCAAGAACACCGCCAGAAUACAAUAUAAAACAUAUUACUGCCCCAAUUGCAAUAUUUUAUGGAGAAGCCGAUGAUAAUGUGGCAAAAGAGGUAACAUUUGACGUAGAAAUAUUGGCAAAGUUAUUGCCAAAUGUGGUUGAAGUGUAUAAAGUUCCCUCAAAAACAUGGACCCAUAUGGAUUUCCUCUGGGCUAAAAAUAUUGAUGAAUUAGUAAAUAACAAAAUUAUUGAAGAACUGAAAAAAUAUAAUAAAUAAAAAGCCUACAUACAUAACUACUUAGAUAUUAUACUUUUUAAAGAUUUAGAGUAAGGAAUGUCUCCAAACACUGAUUUUACAAGUUUAUUUAGGUUUAAACAGUAAUAAUUAGUAUACACUUUUGACUAUCACAAUUUUGAUAUCCUCUUUAAGGUUUUUGAUAUUUGAUAAAUAUUAGAUACUGACUCGUAGAAAAAAUAACUCAAUGAUGAUUGUGAUUCAACGAAAAGUUUAAUAAUGCGUAGAUUUAUCCUAAAAUAUGGUAUUAAUACAAUAAAUUAUUAUUUAUUAUUUACAUAUACUACAAGCCUUGUGAUUUAAUUUACAGAACAACCACUAUAACGCCGUAGAUAAUUACAUUAAUUUUAUUAAUUAGAGAUGAUGUUUUAUACUUGUAAAAAUGUUUUAUACUACAUUGCUGACUUGAAACUGUUUUGAUAUUUAAAUAAAAUUAUACCUAGUAUUAAUUACUUUCCAAAUUAUAUAUAUUAUAUUCUCAA